AUGGCCGGCGUGGUGUGUGCGUGGAUGUGGCACAACACAUCAGAGUCGGGCGGUAGCUGGGGCAAUGCCUCGGUACUCGACCUCAACCUCAGCGACCCCUUUGUUCGCAACUAUGCUUCUGCCAUUGCGCCCGGCGUCCUUCGCAUCGGUGGUAGUGAAGACAAUAUUGUCAAAUAUCUGUGCGUCAUCCCACCGUCCACCCACAUGUCGACACACUCUUUGCUCACAAUCAACCAUGGCAGGGUCGGGGACAUGAACGAGAGCGAAUGUCAAGCACCCUCGAUCUUUCGCAAACAAAAUGUGACCCUCUGCUUGGACAUGGAACGCUGGCAAGCUGUGCGUCGCAGCCUCGAGUCCACGAUGGUUCUGCGCUUUACUGCCUCGAUUGGCGCCCGUCUGGUCUUUGGUCUGCAGUUUCGCACCAAUUCUACCGGCUAUGAUGGACGAAACACGCAUGCCCUGCUGCAAUGGACCGCUUUACACAAUCACACCAUUCACGCUUUUGAGGUGGGUGAGGAGAUGGCGCCUUGGCCGCAAGGUGCUUCCUUCUCCCAUUUGAUCGACGCCUACAAGAGCGUGCACCGGUGGACAACCGAGCUCUGGCCAAGCAAUCCCGCAAUUCUCAGCCUGACCUUUGGUGCCUUGCCUCAAUGCUUUCCACAGCCCCUUGUUUUGGGCCCCUGCGUAGGCAUGAGCGACGCACCGCCCAAUAAAAAUGAUUUUUGGCAAGCCUUUGUCAAUGCCACUGUCCCCACUGGACUCGUCCAAGGACUCGUCAUGCACAGCUACAACAACAAUGGUGGCAAUGACUGGCAUCAACCCGGCUUCUUAGAUCAGACCCUGGUGCAAGCCCAAGCCAUGUCCACCAUGGCUCGCACGGCCGGUGUUCCCCUAUGGUGCGGUGAAUGCGGACCUCACAACGGCGGUGGCAUUGCCAACGUCACCGAUCGCGUCUUUAGUUCCUUCUGGUACCUUGAUGCUCUUGGUGGCCUGGCGCGGCUUGGCCUCUGGGAGUUUGGUCGCCAAGCGUUGGUUGGGUCGCACUACGGCUUGCUGGAGCUGGGCACACACUUUCCCAACCCCGACGCCUUUGUGGCGAUUCUCUUCAACCGCCUCAUGGGCACGGCCGUUUUGGAUGUGACCCUGACAGCAGGCACCAAUACCAGCCAACUGCAUGUGUACGCCCACUGCCACGCGGCUCGCGAUGGUCGAGCCGUCUACGCAUUUAUAAACAUUGCAACCAACGUCAGCUUUCAAUUGGAUUGGUCUGAUGCAGUCUCUGAACUGGAUGUCUGGCUUUUCAAUGGAAGCGACACGGGCAGCCAAGUCGCAACCCUGAACAAUCGGACGCUGAAGCGUACCCUGCCCGAGGUCCCAGACCUUGCUCCCGUUCACUUCGAAGCCGCCACGCUAAUGGUCCCACCCAUGAGCUACGGGUUUGUGGCACCCACGGCUGUCUUGGCUGCCUGCACAUCAUCAUCCAAAGCGUCAUAA